AUGGAGGUUGCCAAAAAGUAUGGAGCCCCAAAGAACACAUUAUCAACCUGGAUUAAAAAUAAAACCAAGUUAUUAACCUCACUGGAAAAAAAUGGCACAAAAUCUAAACGGAAGAAACUUCGUAGUGGUAAUUUCAAAAAUGUAGACAAGGCCAUAUACACGUGGUUCGUUGCAAAAAGAAGUCAACAAGUACCAAUUGAUGGUACCAUACUAAAAGAAAAGGCACUAAAAUUUGCAGAUGCAUUAGGAGAGUUGGAUUUUAAAGCAUCUGAUUGUUGGUUUCAUAAUUGGAAAGAAAGGAACGGCAUCAGCUUUAAAAUAAUCUCAGGCGAAAGUGCUGCCCUGACGAAUAAUAUGAUUGCUUCGUGGAAUGAAACUACACUUCCAACAUUGCUUUUGAAUUACAAACUUGAAAACAUUUUCAAUGCCGAUGAGUUUGGACUAUUUUACCAGUGCCUACCAAACAAAACAUACCAUUUAUCACGAGAAAAAUGUUUUGGGGGAAAAAAUAGUCAAGUCAGACUAACAGGCAUAGCAGCAGGGAGUGCAACGGGAGAAAAAUUACCUAUGUUUGUUAUUGGAAAAUCUAAAAACCCACGGUGUUUUAAUCACAUUAAACAACUUCCUUGCACAUAUAAAAAUCAGCUAAAAAGUUAA